UUCUCCACAUGGACGAAAUCAGCUCAAAGAUAAUAUCAAUAGUCUCUUGAUAUGUUGAACGCGAUAUUUGAUGUAGAUAGUCAAGCUGAUUACUAUUCCUCUAUUGACGUUGGGGUCCGGCAGGAUUCACAGACAGAUUGGUUCAAAGGGUAUGGAUUCCUCCACUUCCAACCGGCAUCGAUCAGGACUCAGGAUCUCAAACAACAGCCCACAUAUGACUACCCGAAGAGAUUACUAGGAGGAAUGAGGCAUCAAACUCAAAGACAGGAACCGGAUGAACUGGAGCGAUUUGCGAUGAUCAGACAUAAUCCAGUCCAAGAGAUUCGGAUCUUAAGUUCCCCACAGUUGGAGUCGACCUCCGACCAGAUCCAGCUGGCAAGUUUUGCCGACUCGGCUUAUCAUCAUCAGCGACAAAACCUGGUCUUCAACUCUGGCGAUCGUUCUACUGGCAGUCUUACACCAAGCAAGCUUGCUCCGAAUCCCACCUCGAUCAAAUGUGUUGUGGAAUUCUCCCAAUCUUAUGCCAACUCGACCGGCAUCCAAUCUCGGCCGAUGCACCAAGCACAUCGACAUCAGCUAACCCCGGAACAAUUUGUUCUGUUUAAUAGAGCCUUUCAUGCCUUUGGUGGUUUCAAUGAUUCUCUCAAAUACAAACGACCACCCCCAUAAAAGGAAAUGGAUUUCAAAUAACAUUUUCUUUCAAUUACCAACGAGCAAAGCAAUUAUUAUGAGUAGAGAUCAAUUGAGUUCAGUAACAAACAAAAUGAGAAAUGAAGUCAAUGGAAGGUAAAGGGAUUUAAGGGCCUGUACCAUAUGGCAUGAAAAU